AUGGCAAAUCUCAAGGAAGGAGCAAUUGUGAAGAACGGUCAUGAAGAGGGGCUCAAAUUUGCGGUUUCUUUACUUGAAGAGUUUGGACUUCCUCUAGGACUUCUACCUCUUGCUGAUGUGAUUGAAGUUGGUUUCGUGAGGAGCACCGGAUACAUGUGGAUUGUUCAGACGAAGAAGGUGGAACAUAACUUCAAAAUAAUCAGUAAGCUUGUGAGUUAUAGUACUGAAAUCAUUGGCUAUGUUUCAAAAAAAAAGAUCUCCAAGCUCAAGGGAGUGAAGGCUAAGGAGCUCAUGCUAUGGCCACCAGUUAGUGAGAUAAUCGUUGAUGAUCCACCCACCGGGAAAAUUCACUUCAAGAGCCUUGCCGGCAUUACCAAGACUUUCCCUGUGGAAGCCUUUGCUGCUGGCCAGUAA